AGCGAUCGAAUACAAGGGCUCCUCUUGUGGGCAACCCCUCAAAGCCCAAAACACGCUACUCAGCAUAAGGCUAUUCAACAUGGAGACUUCACCCCUCCCGCCCGACGACACCCUCCGCGAAGCUGGCGAUGCUCAGCCCGCGCCCCAAGAGGCUGUUAUACAAGAAAUAAAUACCCCGGUGAUGCCAUAUCUCGAGAGGAUCUUCAACGUACAUGCAAACCCCGAGAAAAGGUGGAUCAAAGACCAGAUCACCAGCUUCAUCCACCACCGUCAAGCUGACAAAGUCGCCGACUCCUCUAGCGAUAUUGCUGCCCAGGACGAGCUUGACUUUGCUGGCUUUCUACGACACAUGACGUCUGCAGCAGCAAACGCCUUAGCACCGCCUCCAGAGUCUGACCUUUCUUGGCCGCUGUCGAGUUACUUCAUAAGCUCCAGCCACAACACUUACCUCACUGGAAACCAGCUGAACAGUGACUCGGAUGCUGACGCUUACAAGAAUGUGCUGCUACGUGGUUGUCGGUGCGUCGAAAUCGAUGUAUGGAAUGGUGACGACUCAGAUUCCGAGUCGGACUCCUCCGACAGUGACAGCGACAGCGACAGCGAUGACGCAAAGGCAGCGAAGGGUACCAAGGGGCCGAGUCGAACGCAGAGAAUCGCGUCUAAGCUUCCCAGGUCGCUUACUGGUCGGCUAGAGAAGACAUCCAUCGGCAGCAAAUUGAACGUGAAGAAAGAUGAAAAAGCAACCGAACCUGCCUCUCAAGUAGACCAGGAGGGCGCACCUAGUGACUCGGCGUCUUUACAGAAAAUACCGAGCCCCAAGGCGGUAGCUGUGGAACCAAGGGUUCUGCAUGGAUAUACCCUCACCAAAGAGGUCUCCUUUCGAGACGUUUGCGAGGCAAUCCGAGACUAUGCUUUUGUGGUCUCAGAUCUUCCGGUGAUUGUCAGCUUGGAGGUACACUGUAGCAGUGAGCAACAGGAAAUAAUGGUUCAGAUCAUGAAUGAGACCUGGGCGGGGUAUCUUUUGCCCAAGCCAGAUGAAGAGGCCAAACAUCUUCCGGCACCCGCUGACUUGCGGCGCAAGAUCUUAGUCAAAGUCAAAUAUGCGCCACCUGGCACAUCAGCCGCGAACGAAGAGGAAGCCGACGAUCGCUUGCCCCCAGAAGCUCAAGCCGACCCCAAGUCGAAAGCCGCAGCGCCCAAGAAGCCGUCCAAAAUCAUACAAGCACUGUCUGCGCUUGGCAUAUACACACGAGGCGUGUCUUUCAAAUCGCUGACACAACCAGAAGCAUCGAUGCCAACCCACAUCUUUUCAAUAUCAGAAGGCGGUGUAGAAGAGGUGCACGAUAAAAAUGCCCAUCUCCUAUUCGAACACAACAAGCGAUACAUGAUGAGAACCUAUCCCUCGGGGAUGCGCAUCCAGUCGUCAAACCUGGAUCCACCCGUCUUUUGGCGCAAGGGCAUUCAAAUCGUCGCGCUCAAUUGGCAAAAGUGGGAUGAAGGCAUGAUGCUUAACGAGGGCAUGUUCGCAGGCACAGGUGGCUACGUGCUUAAACCGUUAGGGUACAGAGGGGGCAAAUCUCCCAGCGAGCUUGAGAGCAGCACCGAAAGGGCUCCCCCAGUACCAGAACAAGUGAUCUUCCACGGCACUCUCACCCUGAAGAUUACAGUGUAUGCCGCGCAAAACUUACCGCUCCCGCGCAAAGAUGACAAAGAGAAGAGUUUCAGACCUUACGUCAAAGUUGAGCUACAUACCGCGCCGCCACACCACCUCCUAGGACAAAAGCAUGAGGACGGACACGCUAAGGAAGGCGAGUAUAAGGCGCGCACGCAUACCCAGAAGGGCUUGAACCCGGACUUCAAAGGCGAGACUCUUGCGUUCGAGCGCGUGGCCGGCGUCGUCCCUGAACUCACGUUCGUGCGCUUCCUCGUCAAAGACGACGAGAUCGGACGCGACGACCUCGCCGCGUGGGCAGCCAUCCGGCUCGACAGGCUGCGCUCUGGCUACCGCUUCGUGCAUCUGCUUACCGCCAAGGGCGCUGUGAGUCCUGGCGCUAUACUCGUCAAGGUAGAGAAGACACUAGAAUAGGAGGAAUACAUCAAGUAGAGAUAUGAUGAGAACGCGAGGAGAAUUGUCAGUUUUGUGAGCCUUAUUUGGACGACAACGAGCUUUCAUCCGCUUAGCUGGGGCAUUGGGGGUAAAAUGCAUUAUAUGGUUCAUUUACACGUAAUCUUGGUGGUCGUUCAAUUAAGAGACAUGCUGGUCUGGUCCCGAAGUGAGGAUUCGGCUCCGGCGCGUCCCUUCGGUUCCGGCUGAGCUAAUUCGACUAUCCAGCGCGGGCUAGUCUUAUUACCGUGUGCGCAUCUCUCUCGGACAACUCGGACAAUUCAUCCACCCCGCUAUUCACCCCGCCCUGAAAUUUCGAAGUCAUGCUUUGACUUUGUGACAUGAUCUUGUCGUUCGGAUAGGCCGAUUUGUCAAAA